AUGGAUCGCUUUGUCAUCAACGCCACGGUGGAUUCUUUCACGAGCAGCGACGACUUGCUUGCCUGGGCUAAGCAAUAUGGGCUGGAAAACGACGAAUACGUGAAUUUAAAACUCAUAGAGCUACUAUGUCAGGAAAUUAAACAAUCUGAAGAAGCCGCUGCGAUGGAGAUGGAACAAUCAGAAGAAGCCACUGCGUUGGAGACUCCCCCUGUCCCCGAGGUCGAAGACUUAUGGUCUCCCUUAACACCUGAGGAAUACGAGGAAUUGAUCAAACUGUGUGACGAACACUGGAAUCCAUCCUAUGACGAACUGGCAAGGAUUUGUAUUGACGACGGGGAAUGGCAACCAGAAGAAGAACCUAUGGUUACCUCUGAAGAAGCCGACGACGUUAAACAGGGAAAAGGUCUGCCAUGUUCGUUUUGUAAUGCCACGUUCAGAAGAAUGCCCGAUCUAUUGAAGCAUAGACUACAGUGUGCACAGAGACCAUCGUCGCCACCACUACCAUCUACAUCGUCAGAGCCGCCAUUGAAACGCCAGCGUACCAUCAAUCAAGUGGGAGGGAUCGGUCCUGUUGCUGCUGCUACCGCUCCAGUAACCACUGAAACACCAUCUACUCCCUACGCGUUUACAAAGAAAGGUACGAGGACGCACAAGAAAACAUCGGCAGUCGACACGACCUACGACAUAAAGUUUGACGAGCAGUGGAAAGGGAAAAAACUCAAAGAUUUACACCACGAUUUGUAUGGCAUGUUUGAAGACGUUCUCAAAGAAGCCACCAUCGAUCUACAAGACAGCGACCUUGGACGUGUGAUCGUCCAUCACGAUGCCCUGAAUUCACCGAUCGUCGUACCCCUACAACCGCUAUCCGAACUGAAUGCUGACGUCAUCUUGGGACACAUCGAGAAAGUACUCCAGAGCAACGAAGAUUUACCACUGGACACAUCUUUCAGCAUUCAAGUCGGUACCAUACAAAUCCCGAGAGGCGGAAGAUCAGCCACCAACCUAACUGUUCUGACAGGCCCAAACAACUCGGUGCACAUAAAGCAGUCAUUGGUGGAAAUCGUGAAUGACGACGAUUUGUGCAUGUCCCGUGCUAUCGGUGUUGCCUGGGCCAAACUGAACUGCAUCUCGAGCAAAGAUUGGCAAGACCUCGUGGGUGGUCCUUACCCCAAGACACCGCUCAUCGACUUGAUCAUACAUCACAAGAAAUGCCCUCAAUCAUUCUACAUUAAUCUGAGAAACAAAACUCGCCGAGAGCAGAAGACGUUGGCUCUGAAACUGUGUGCACUGGCAGGAGUACCCACCAAUCGUCCAUGCAGUUUGAAUGACAUUCCUGCCUUUGAACAAGUCUUGGGAUGCCAAAUCCUUGUGAUCAGUGCCGAACUGGGUAACAAAUUCCUGAGAGUGGGUGACCAGACGUCACAGGCACCCAGACUCUUUCUAUAUUUUGUGGAGCAGCCAACACCCCAUUUUCACGCCAUUGUGAAGAUCACUGGAUUUUUUUCGGCGUCCUACUUUUGUCAACAUUGUUUGAAACCAUACAACGACAAGACACAUCAUUCCUGUUCUUUGACCUGCAUCGUGUGUCAUAGCCAGAACUGUCCCGAAACCGAAGUCCAGAUGUCGUGUCGUCACUGUCACGUGACCUGUCGAUCGCCGGAAUGCUUUCAACGUCACAAGCAACAAAAGCAAGACAACAAAGGACGCACCAUCCCCUCCAAGUGUGAGAGUUUUUGGAAAUGUACCAUCUGCAAAAAGAUGCUCGACAGAAGCGAGAGGGAUCCUAAACUCCACACCUGCGGGGAAUGGAAAUGUCCUUGCUGUAACAACUAUGUGGACCAAGGUCAUCUUUGCUACCAGCCUCCAAAAGAAAUCAACGAGGUCCACACAAAAUUCAUUUUUUACGACUUCGAAUGCCGCCAGGAUGAAUUACUUCAAUGCCAGGAAGGUUACCUGCCUAGUGGAGUCUGCCUAACCUGUGCAGGAGACAACUGUAGUCAUCAGUCUCGGUGUCAACAUUGCCAGCAAUCGUGGUGUGGCAAACAACAACACGUGCCAAACUACCUGGUGGCACAGACGGCCUGUGAAGUGUGCAAACACGAACCAGUCACAGAAACAUCCAAAUGUCAUGCAUGCGGGUCAAGGUGUCCAUGCUGUAACAAACGAGACAAGAAGAAGAAUUACCUGAAGGAACCAUGUGAGCAGACCUGUGGAUUUCGACAAGUCAUCUUUCAGGGUGAUGGAGCCCACAUUCGGUUUUGCCAGUGGCUGUUCCAAGACGACCACAAAGAUGUCACGGCUAUCGCCCAUAAUAACAAGGCCUACGAUGCCUACUUUCUUCUGGAAUACAUGAUUGACCAGUCGAUGUAUCCACAAAAAAUCAUUUACAAUGGAUCAAAAAUCAUGUACCUGCAAGUGGAGAGAGGACUUAACAUCAGGAUUAUUGACAGCUUGAAUUUUCUCCCCAUGAAACUGGCUGCUUUUCCCAAGGCAUUUGGUUUGACGGAACUGAAGAAGGGAUACUUUCCCCAUUAUUUUAACACCCUAGGAAACCAGAAUUAUCGUGGACCGUUUCCCGAACCUAACAUGUAUGGUGCCAAUUACAUGGGAUCCAAGGAGAGAUCAACAUUUCUUAAGUGGUAUGCUGAACAACAGGGAAUGUUCGACUUUCAGAAAGAGAUGAGGGAAUACUGUGUCUCUGACGUCGCUGUUCUCAGAGAAGCCUGCUUAAAAUUUCAAGCUCUGAUGCUGGAAGCCACUGGUGAAAAACAGAUCGACCUCGAUACCAAAGCGGUCACCUACAUCAAUGGCAUCGAUCCGUUUGCCCAGUACAUCACCAUUGCCUCGGUAUGUAUGGGCAUCUUUCAGAGCAAAUUUCUCAAGAAACAUCAGCAUGUCAAACUUACAGACACCCAGGAAAUCACAGACUGGAUGACGGUCAAUGAGGAUGGAUCCAUCAAGGUGAAACCUGAUUUAUGGCUGACGGAAGAAGAGUUGAGAGAUCGUGGGAUGACCAUCGUCGAGUCUGAAACUGUACCCAGUCCUAUAGCUCAAGUGCCAAGUGAGGGGUACAUCCAAAAAGAUCAGUUCAGCAGAGUGUCCAUCCAGUGGUUGGAAUGGGUUCAACACCGAAAUCAGAACAAGUACCAGAUCCAGCAUGCACUCAAUGGAGGGGAACAUCAGGUACCAGGAACUCAUUACCGACUGGAUGGUUUCUGUGCUAAGACGAACACGGCCUUUGAGUUCCAUGGCUGCUUGUGGCACGGCUGUCGACACUGUUUCCCACACGAGCGUUCUAACACCAUCCAUCCUAGAACCAGUCAAUCCAUUGAAGAACUGUAUGCCCUAACCUGUAGAAAGAGAGAAGAACUGAAACUGAAAGGAUACAAAGUCAUCGAAAUCUGGGAACACGAGUUUAACCAUCUUCAGAAAUCCAACCCAGAGCUGAAGCAGUUUGUGAACUCUUUGGAUCUUCAAGACCGGUUAAAUCCCAGAGAUUCAUUCUUUGGAGGAAGAACGAAUGCCAGCACGUUACACUAUAAAGUCAAAGAAGGGGAAGAAGUCAAGUACGUGGAUUUCACAUCUCUGUAUCCGUGGGUCAACAAAUAUUGCCAGUAUCCCGUAGGACAUCCUGAAAUCAUACACAAGGAUUUCAAGCCACUGGAUCAAUACUUUGGAAUCGCCAAGGUGAAAGUUGCCCCUCCUAGAAAACUCUACCAUCCUGUUCUGCCUUACCAACCUGUUCGGAUCAGGAACUACAAACACCAUGCCAUCAUUCGGAUGAAGAGAGGAACAUCACUGGAACCUGGUGCAUACCAGAAAUUCUUAAAGCCAUGGAAAAGGGGUACCAAGUCAUCACAGUGUACGAGGUCUACCACUGGCCUGAAACAACCCAGUACAAAUCCAACGACACGUGACGGUGGUCUCUUUGCCGAGUACAUCAACACCUUUCUCAAGCUAAAACAAGAAGCCAGUGGAUGGCCCGAAUGGUGUUUGACAGAUGAAGAUAAAGACCAAUACAUCAGGCAAUACAGAGACAAAGAGGGCGUACAGCUGGAUAAAGAUAAAAUCACAAAGAAUCCGGGACUUCGUUCACUGGCCAAGCUGUGUCUGAACAGUUUCUGGGGGAAGUAUGGUCAACGUCUGAACAUGAAACAGUCUGCCUUCAUCCACGAAAGCAAUGCAGACGUUUUCUUCCAGAUGUUGGCAGAUCCCACCAAAGAAGUUAUCGAUUUCCACGUGUUGACAGAAACCAUUUUGCAGCUCGAAUACCAACACAAAUCCACCUUCAUCCCAGAAGAUUUAAAAACCAACGUUUUUCUGGCGACCUUUACCACUUCCUGGGCGAGAUUGAAGUUAUACAGUGUGUUGGAACAGCUGGACGAAAAUGUGUUGUACUACGACACGGACUCGGUCAUUUUCGUGGCAAGGCCUGGAGACUAUCAGCCCCCUCUGGGAGAUUAUCUUGGUGAAUUGACUGACGAAUUGGAUGGUCAGUUCAUCACCGAAUUUGUCAGUGGAGGUCCCAAAAAUUAUGGCUACAGAACCAAUAAAGGCUCAGAAGUGUGCAAGGUGCGAGGUUUUUCCUUAAACUAUGCCAAUGCACAGCUCAUCAACUUUGAAGCUAUCCGCGAGAUAGUUUUGUCACCCACCAGAGAUGCUACCCUGACCGUGACGAACCCAUCCAAAAUUUCAAGAGAAAAAAGGAAGAGAAAAAUUUACAACAAAGUGGAAGAGAAAAGGUACAAGAUAGUGUACACCAAGCGUGUCAUUCAAGACAAUUUGGACACUCUUCCUUAUGGCUAUUAA